AUGGCCACCUCUGGGCGCCUCAGUUUCACCGUGCGCAGCCUCCUGGAUUUACCCGAGCAGGACGCACAGCACCUGCGGAGGCGUGAGCCGGAGCUGGGCGCUCCCGGGCCCGGCCCCUGCGCCGCCUGGUUGGAGUCCGAGCGCGGCCACUACCCCUCCUCGGACGAGAGCAGCCCGGAGACCAGCCCGCCCGACUCGUCGCAGCGGCCGUCCGCUCGGCCGGCGUCUCCCGGCUCAGACGCGGAAAAGAGGAAGAAGCGUCGGGUGCUGUUCUCCAAGGCGCAAACGCUGGAGUUGGAGCGACGCUUUCGGCAGCAGCGCUACCUGUCCGCGCCCGAGCGCGAGCAGCUGGCGCGCCUGCUUCGCCUCACGCCCACACAGGUCAAAAUCUGGUUCCAGAACCAUCGCUACAAGCUGAAGCGCGCGCGCGCCCCGGGCGCGCCGGGGGCGAUGGAGCCGCCGGACCUCGCAGCCCCCGCCGAGCUGCGCGCUGCCCCGGGCCUGCUGCGCCGCGUGGUGGUCCCCGUGCUGGUGCGCGACGGUCAGCCCUGCGGCAGCGGCGACGUGAGCGCGGCCUCCGUCCGGGACAAGAGCGGCGCGUCCACGGCUGCCGCCUGCCCCGUGCCGGGCUACGCCGCCUUCGCGCCCUGCUCGGCGCUCGGCCUCUUCCCCGCCUACCAGCACUUGGCGCCCCCGGCCCUGGUGUCCUGGAGCUGGUGA